UUUUUAGCUCCAGCACCUGCCUUCUUCGGGUGGAGAAGACUCUUAAAAGGGCAAGGGAUUCCCAGUUCCUUAAGGGAUCAGCUGCCCACACUCGCUCACCCUCUCACAGCCUCCUGUGGUGCAGCCAUGGCCAUGCAGAAAAUCUUUGCCCGAGAAAUCCUGGACUCCAGGGGCAACCCCACAGUGGAGGUGGACCUGCAUACUGCCAAGGGUCGAUUCCGAGCAGCUGUGCCCAGUGGAGCGUCCACGGGUAUCUAUGAAGCCCUGGAACUAAGAGACGGAGAUAAAUCACGCUACCUGGGGAAAGGAGUGCUGAAGGCUGUGGAGCACAUCAACAAGACUCUAGGUCCUGCUCUGCUGGAAAAGAAACUAAGUGUUGUGGAUCAAGAGAAAGUCGACAAGUUCAUGAUUGAGCUGGACGGGACAGAGAAUAAGUCCAAGUUUGGAGCCAAUGCCAUCCUGGGUGUGUCCCUGGCCGUUUGCAAGGCUGGAGCAGCUGAGAAGGGGGUCCCUCUCUACCGGCACAUCGCAGACCUUGCAGGGAACCCUGACCUUGUCCUUCCUGUGCCUGCCUUCAAUGUGAUCAAUGGGGGCUCUCAUGCUGGGAACAAGCUGGCCAUGCAGGAGUUCAUGAUCCUGCCGGUGGGAGCCAGCUCUUUCAAGGAAGCCAUGCGCAUUGGCGCCGAGGUCUACCACCACCUCAAGGGGGUCAUCAAGGCCAAGUACGGGAAGGACGCCACGAAUGUGGGGGACGAGGGCGGCUUUGCACCCAACAUCCUGGAGAACAACGAGGCCCUGGAGCUGCUGAAGACAGCCAUCCAGGCGGCGGGCUACCCAGACAAGGUGGUAAUCGGCAUGGACGUGGCAGCAUCUGAGUUCUAUCGGAAUGGGAAGUAUGAUCUGGACUUCAAGUCACCUGACGACCCUGCACGGCACAUCAGUGGGGAAAAGCUUGGGGAGCUGUACAAGAGCUUCAUCAAGGACUAUCCUGUGGUCUCCAUUGAGGACCCCUUUGACCAGGAUGACUGGGCAACAUGGACCUCAUUCCUCUCUGGGGUGGACAUCCAGAUUGUGGGAGAUGACCUUACAGUCACUAACCCCAAGAGGAUCGCUCAGGCUGUUGAGAAGAAGGCAUGCAACUGCCUGCUACUGAAGGUCAACCAGAUCGGCUCAGUGACGGAAUCCAUCCAGGCCUGCAAACUGGCACAGUCUAAUGGCUGGGGGGUGAUGGUGAGCCACCGCUCUGGGGAGACGGAAGACACUUUCAUUGCCGACCUCGUGGUGGGCCUCUGCACGGGACAGAUCAAGACUGGUGCCCCCUGCCGUUCGGAGCGUCUGGCCAAAUACAACCAGCUUAUGAGGAUUGAGGAGGCUCUUGGGGACAAAGCUGUCUUUGCUGGACGAAAGUUCCGUAAUCCAAAGGCCAAGUGAGAAGCUGGAGACUCCUGAGUUCCACAGGGCAGACGCAGGCCUCUAAGCCCUUCUCCCUGAAAUAAACACUACCAAACAGGACCAUGGUGUACUCCUUGGAAGGAAGGAGGGAACAGCUUGAUUAGAAGGGCAGGAGGCAGACAGACGAUGACACGAAACCUGCUGUGUGUGACAAGGA